AUCCACACUGUGAGUUAGAGACAUGAUGCAAUUGGUGUUGGUGGUCGCUAACGCACGUUUGUUUUCUUGCUGAGACUAAAAGCUGAAUUCGGAAUGUCGGAGGGGAAAGAUGUCUGGCAGUUUUUUGUGUAUGGAAUCGGCGGGAAUUGUCGGGUGAUGCAUGACAUUGACCCGGAGGGAACGAUUGAUGCUGUAAUUGAUAAAAUAAGCGAAAUGAAUGGUAUUCCAGCAACUACAAUGAGGAUACUCUACACCUCAAAACAGCUCGAGUAUGGCUUCAAACAUCCCCUUUCGAAAUACAACAUGACCAACUCGUCUAACCUGUUCGUGGUACUACGGCUCCGAGGAGGUCAAGAUAGGCCAUCAAUAAGACGUAUCAUACAACAAAUGCGAAGCAGUUUUCUUCCGCAUGUACCACAAACUCCGGAUGAUGCACACGAGGUGAGACCAGAUACGGUUGGUACGGAGUCGGAGCAUAUACAUAGCAGCAUCGAGGGAGUCGAUUAUGAAGAUAAUGAUGAUCAAGAGGGUGUAGUAGAAGAAACGGGAGUUGUUGAGGAAACUGAAGUUGUUGAGGUGGAACCGGUGCGUAAGAUGCACGACCCGCUCACUCCCCUUACUGAGCAACCUGAUAUGAUUACAUGGGAUGAUGACAAGGAUUUUCUUCGAGCUCGGAUGCCAUGCGGACAUGCCAUUGGACCAGAGUCACUAACUGCCUACUGCCGUAGUCUUCUGACGGCUGGAAAGUUCGAGUUCUUCUGUCCUUACAUCUUCCCCGCAAACAACGCCAUCUGCAGGAAAAAGUGGGACUUCUACAUCGUGCGUCGGUAUGGCGUCCUCACUCCAGAUGAGAUAAAGGAGUUUGAGAUAAAGAUCACUGAAAAUUACAUGCGGAAAGCGAUGGGCCUGCAGGACUGCCCUGGCUGCAAAACCAUCUGCGAACGGAUGAACAAGAAAGACAAGCGCAUGGUUUGCCCCUAUUGUUCAAAGGGUCCAAAUCCUACGUUUGAAUUUUGCUGGAUGUGUUUGAAAACAUGGAAGUCCAUGAACUCGAUUACCGAGUGUGGAAAUGAAGGUUGCUCUGGUCGCGACCCCCGGCUUGAUAUCUUGGAGGAGUGCCUGAAGAAAAAGGUUGUGGGUGUGAUGUGUCCAUCAACGAGGGCCUGCCCCGCCUGCGGCCUUCUGAUAGAGCACACUGAGGCCUGCAAGCACAUGGCCUGUCCCUGCGGUGGCCAGUUCUGUUUCAUUUGCCUGAAGCAGCAGACCAAUGGAAGCUGGACCUGCGGGGACUUUGACACCCCUUGCACGGUGGCCCCUGUCCAGACUGACCUGCCAGGACAGUAGAAGGCCGAGAAUAGCGUGUGAUAAUGCCUCCGACGGCCUGAAAAUAUAUUAUGAUGGACUUUCAGAUGGACUAUCUCUUUCCAGUAGCGAUAAAGGAUGCAGCUUCGCAAAGGGAACAUGCUAACAUGACUUUGAGCUUGAACGGCGGAUUUUAUAGUUUGUUGCAAAUUAGGGAGGUCUUUUUACUAGUGUUAUGUGAGUCUCCCCGUGUGGAGCCCCGCCCAUGGGUAGCCGCACUUUGAAGUUCAGAUAAUGCACGGACACGUCGACCAACACACGUAUUGAAAUUCCAAGUGAUUUGACCAUGGAUUUUGGAGUAUAAUAUCCCAUUUGUAUAAAGAUAUACAUAUUGGUAAACAUUGACCAUGGUUCCCACAUAUACAUAUACUCUGCUUUCACUUUUCUAAUGUCUUGACACCCUCUGGAUCCGAGGCGUAGUGACUGCAACCCUUGGUACAUCGAGCUGCACUUCGUAUUUGGUCAGUUACUGGUCCAAAAGACUCUGUUAAGCUGUUAGAUGUCGCCACAAUCGGAUACUAAAGCGCCAGCAGACGUAUAUUCUGCGUAUUAUUGUAAUAACUGUUGCUUUAGAAAAUCAGCACACGUCAAUAAACGUUUUAAAUCGGCCCUAAAUUUCAAGCUACUCUCUAAGUAUACAAAAAGAAACUUACGGCGUUGUUUGUAAUUCCCAGUUCGAAUCCUAUUUCGAAAGUAAAACCCCGAAGGUUUGGUUGGGCGAUGAUUACAUGCUCCAAACAACAUCGCGAGAGUAUGAAGUCGACUGUUAAAGAUAAAAGCAAGACUAAAAGAGAGCUUGCAAUGACAACAACCACGACUGUCAAAGAUUUUUCCUGCCUUUGACACGUUUUCAAAUCCCCCAGUGCCUUGUUGUUUAUUUCUGCACUGUGUUUCUUAAGGCUGAUAAUUAUUGCUAUAUUCAGAAGAAAUAGCAACCCAAGUGGAGGGAAAACGUCAAAUGUUGCGUUUAUUGGGUCAUAUGCUGGGACAUACCAUGCGAAGCAAUCGCCGAGUACGCACAAGGAGAAAAAACCGUCGCAAUCUUGAUGUGCACCACUGCGCCGCCUUCAGGGAAAUUUGACGACGAUGAAUCUAUCAAUCGUAAUGAAAGGAGGUGUUGUAAAAUAUAUUCGGAAUGAAGAAAAAUGCUUGACAUCUUACCUCUCCAAUGCGGUGAUAUUAUAGGAGAUUUGGCCAUACUUUAAUUAACCGCAUUGGCAGUAGAAUGACCAGUGAAAACGUGUCGGAUAUACAGCCAGAACUUUCCAAUAGAGGCACAUUACGCUGUUGCGAUUCGAUGGUGCGCUCAUAUCAAGGAAACAGAGGGUGUUUCCGACCAUCCCGACGGUUAUCAAGCCUGGGGAGACGUACCAUCCCAUAAUCGCGACGUACAUGUGGUAAUCUUAUAAAUCUCCCUGCCUAUAGCCUCCUUUAAGAAUCUCACAUGCCAAUCUCCAAGUACAUGUAUUGCAGGCAACAAUAGAGACCUUCCGCAGCCUUACGAAUAGCCUUACGACUACGUUCAUGUCAUCAGAUUUUGCGGUCUUGUGACGUUUUACACAUACGAUUAGCUAGAAUAUUAUCUGUAGCUACCAUGAUAUCCGUAGUGUGAAAACGGUUUUACAAAACAUCAUAUUUCAGGCGAAUAAUAAUGUCAAUAGUGA